AUGUCAAAAUCACGAGUUUUGAAUUUACAAACGUAUUCAACUAAUUUGAUAGGCAAAGUUAGACCUAUGAAUCAUGAACCGAGAAAACUAAAACUAGUUAUGAAGGAGGAAAAUGGCACGGGACAAAGUUUAGACAGUGAGGUUGCAAAUAAGGUUCAAACUAUAUUAAACAAUCAUUUUCGUAAUAAUACUAUUAAUAACAAACCUUCGUUUAUAGGAGACAUAGAAAUUUCAGAUCUUGAUUUUGGUACAAUACCACCACUAAUAGAAGUUAUAGAUAUAACCGAUCCUUUCCCGGAAUUUUAUUUAUCUGAUAGUGCAACAACAGUUGAAGUUGAGAGUGGUACUGACAGCGUAGAAUCACAAUCAUUAAGUGAUGGAACAGCUGUUAAUAAUAAUAAUAAUGUAGCAGGUGGUGGCGAUGGUGAUAGUAGUAGUGGCAAGAAUGGAGAUAUGAAAAUGACAAUUACAACAGAAUUGUUUAUGAAUUAUCCUAGUAUGAGAUUUAUGAGUUUACCGAUUAGAUUGAAUGUCACUGGAUUUGAGUUUUCUGCUACAGCAGUGGUAGCAUUUUUUAAAAAUAGAGUUAAUUUUUGUUUCUUGGAAUCAAAAAAUCCUGAAGAAAGCCCAUUGAAGGAUGUUCACAUUGAAUCUGAAAUUGGAGAUAAAGAGAAACAAGUUUUAAAAAAUGUUGGAAAAUUGGAAAAAUUUAUUGUCAAUCAAUUAAGAAAAUUAAUCGAAGAAGAUUUUGUUUUUCCAAGUUAUCAUUCAAUAGAUUUACAACCUACACAAUAA